AUGGACGCGGCUCCCAGUCCGCCGCUGGAGUACCAGCCGGGCUUUGGGAACGAGCUCUGCUCGGAGGCCUUGCCAGGCGCCCUACCGCAUGGGCAGAACAACCCCAAAGCCUGCCCCUACGGCCUCUACGCCGAGCAGCUGAGUGGCACCCACUUCACCGCCCCGCGGGCGGCCAACCGGCGUUCCUGGCUCUACCGCAUCCGCCCCUCGGUCACACACGAGCCCUUCCACCCCAUCAACUUCCCUAAUGAGUCCCUCACCGCGGACUUCUCGGCCGGCGCCGUCACGCCCAACCAGCUGCGCUGGCGGCCCUUCCCCGUGCCCUCCGAACCCGUGGACUGGGUUAGGGGCCUGUUCACGCUGUGUGGAAGCGGCAGGGCCAGCAGCAAGGAGGGGUUCGCCAUCCACAUGUACGUGGCGACGGAGUCCAUGACCACCUCCUCCCUGACCAAUGCGGAUGGGGACAUGCUGCUGGUGCCGGAACAGGGUGCUUUGCGGCUCAAGACCGAGUUCGGCUUGCUGGAUGUGGCACCCGGGGAGAUUGCCGUACUGCCACGUGGGGUUAGGUUCGCUGUGGAGCUGCAUAACGGGGCCGCAAGAGGUUAUGUACUGGAGACUUUUCAGGGCCACUUUGCGCUACCGGACCUGGGCCCUAUUGGCGCCAACGGUUUGGCCAACCCGCGCGACUUCCUGCACCCGGUGGCCUGGUACGAGGAUGUGGAGGGCGUAUCGUACAGUGUACUGCAGAAGCUGGAGGGACAGUUGUUCGUUGCGACUCAGAGCUUUUCGCCCUUCAAUGUGGUCGCAUGGCAUGGCAACUACGUGCCGUACAAGUACGACUUGGCCCGGUUCUGCCCUAUGAACGCGGUCGCCUUUGACCACCCAGAUCCCUCCAUCUUCACGGUGCUUACCGUACCGUCGUACACGCCAGGUGCCCCCCCCACCGCCGACUUCGUCAUCUUCCCCCCCCGCUGGCUGGUGGCGGAGCACACCUUCCGACCGCCGUACUAUCACCGAAAUUGCGCCUCCGAGUUUAUGGGCCUCAUCCGGGGCCAGUACGAGGCCAAGCAGGACGGCGGGUUCCUGCCGGGCGGCGCCUCCCUGCACCUGUGCAUGACCCCGCACGGCCCCGACACGGCGACAUACGAGAGGGCGGCGGCGGGCGGGGCGUGCACUGCCUCAGCGGACGGCCCGGCGCACCUGGGCCACGAGACCCUGGCGUUCAUGUUCGAGACGUCCGCCAUCCCCCGCGUCACCCCGGCCGCACUCAGCUGCCCGAGUGUGGACCGCGACUACUACAAGUGCUGGGGACCCACACCGCAGCAGCAUCACCAGCACCACCACCACCACCAGCAGCACCAGCAACCGGUGGGGGAGGAAGCACCCCCUAAGGCGGAGGCCGAUGGCAGCGGCGGCGCCAGUGGGGGGCCUCUGCCGCAGUGGAACGCCCAACCUGUUUGGGACGUUCUGAAUUAUUAUUUUAGUUGGGAUGCGGAUGAGGAUGAGGAUGAGGAGGUCGCCCUAGUGGCAAUGUUUGCGGGCAUAGUUAUGAUGCCAGCUAAGCGUAGAGUAGGUGACCAAUUGGUCGAGCUCCAGAAGGUGCACGCAGACCUGCACGCCCAGUUGACCGCCAUUGAGCAAUCCGACGACUACCAGAAGGCCGCCUCCCUGCUGGCCUCUGACCCUCUGGCUCGCUUAAACAAGAAGAAGUUUUCUACCGCUAUGGGCCACGCCUGGGAUACCUACGUCUCCUUGAAGAAUCAAAUGGCGAGCGUCUGCGCGAACAUCGCUCAACUGGAGAUGACCAUGGAGCAGCCAGCUAUGAAAGUUCUCGUUUCCGACAAGUCCGGUCGCGUCAUGGAGCGCCCAUUUAAGGACCUGGACUACGUCAACGACAGCUGGGUCAACAAGUUGGGCAAGGAGCACAAGGCGCUCAAGCGUGAGAACCGGGAGCUGAACCAAAUUUACCAUGCCUUUCAGAAGGUCAACCGCAACCUGGAGGACGAACGCGAGGCGCGCCGCGACGAGGCCCCACCGGAGCAGAUUGAGGAGUUGGAGAAGGCAACUAACGACGCCAUCACCGAGGAUGCCUUUGCCGCGUCCUUCUGGGAGCGAGCGGGGAGGCUGGUCGCGCCAAGCCAUCGCGGGCUACUGGCGGAGAGUCAAGCGUUUGCCGCGUCAUCGCGGGCGGCCUCCACGAAGAAGGUGUAUGCGAAUCCGUGGGAAGGUUUUAAGUCGUGGUGCCGUGCGGGCGGCUACUGCUACCUACCGGCAAGCCCCGUCGUGGUGGGGAUGUACUUAACGACGGUGGCUAAAACGGCGUCAAGUUACUCGACCGUUAAGCUGGCGAGUGCUGCGAUUUUCAUGCAGCAUGACUUGGCGUGCGAGGGGGUGAACCCGACGAAGCACCCCUUUUGCAAGGCUGUGCGCGCGGCGGCUAAACACUUGCUCGGGACGGCUGUGCUGAAUCAGAAUGCAGCACUGAAGGUCAUAACAAAGAUCAGGGCAAGGAUGAGUGCAGCUCCGGAUGCACUCGGCGCCGCAUUAUCCGCCCAGCAGCGACUAUUGGAGCGCGGCCGGCUCUUGCGGGCUCCUGCACCUGCUGCUGCUGCUGCGGGGAGCUGACGAAACAUUAGCAGCUCCAUCCGUAUAUGUGCGUUCCUUUCCUUGCCUGGGACCCGGCCCUCAAGUCAGUUGGGCAGGGGGUUAUUCGUACGUUAAUGCACGACCGUACGACAGCCAUUAGGGCUUGUAGAGGUGGACGGAAUCGGUAGCUUGUAUGCUUGUUUUAUAUGGUCUGAUCGGGCGACGAUAUGCGCCGAACGCAUCCAAGCAAGUUAUCAACCGAGUCAGUGCUGACGUCCAAAUUGUUGAAAUACAGUAGGCCGGUGGUGACGACUGGGGACCGCUGGAAACUAAACAGGCGGGGAAAGAGAGCCCUAGCGGUGGAGCGCGCCUUUCUGUUUGCGGCUUUUAGAUGCGACGCGGAGCGACGCGAAUAUUGCUUCUAAGCUCAAUUACGGACAGAGUGCAUUAUUGGAGCUUAUGUUGCCCUCACUCCCCCCCGGGCCCCAGCGUGCGUGCUAUCUUCCCUGGUGGGGAGUUGGAGCCCCAAUGUUGUCGAACUUGCUUAGCUUCUGGCUAGAUCGCGCAAUUUCGUCGGUCGAGAAAUUCGGAUGAAAGCCCAAAAGCAGCAUAAACAAAGUAGCUAUAAAGGCACUGGUGCUGCUGGUCCCUGCUCUUUAUGAUGAUGCGGCCGUUAUAAUCGCGAGCUGUUCGUUGCCCGGGCGAGGUCCACCUAGCGCAGUUUCCGGGACCUACUAAAGGGGACGCCGAUGCGCUUAUAAAUGCUAUUUGGGACAGACGGAAAUGCUGUUCCUCGACUUUGUGGCGUGAAGAAGCCUUUUCUGACUAUGUAAGCAUAUCCUC